AUGAAAAUAUUGGCGUGGAAUUGUCGCGGGCUCGGGAAUGCCGCGAUAGUUCGUCAACUGAAGGAGCUCAUCCGGAAGUCAAAUCUCGAAGUUUUGAUCCUAUCUGAAGUAAGGCUAAAAGAAGAGAAGUGUUUUUGUCUCAUGAGGAAACUUCAAUUCCCAGGCAUUUGCUAUGUCCCUCCUAUGGGAACCGGGGGUGGCCUAGCUUUAUGUUGGCGAUUGGGAGUGGACUGUAACAUUCAGAAUGCUGAUAAAAAUUUGAUUACUGGUAUCAUUUCGUCUGACCCUCUAGACCGCCCUUGGAUGGUAAUGGGCAUCUACGGUCCUCCUAGUUACGGGGAUAAGGAGGAUUUCUGGAAGAAUUUGGGGGAAAUUGUUGAUCAAUGCAACCUGCCUAUGCUUUUAAUGGGUGAUCUCAAUGGAACCUUAAAAGAUGGGGAAUGCUUGAAUUAUGUUAAAGCUUCCAGCACAACGAGAUACUCAUUCGAUCUAAGAAGGAUGGUCCACCGCACUGGGUUAAUUGAUUUGGGUUACACUGGGGUCAAGUAUACCUGGUUCAAGCAUAAUAUGGAUCCCUUGGUGGGAGUUUCUCUGAAAAGGGCACGUCUUGAUCGAGCCCUGGCAUCAACAGAUUGGCGAAUUGUGUGGCCAAAUGCAAUUGUUACUCACCUCACAGCCACAUCAUCUGAUCAUAAUCCCAUUCUUCUCGAUUCCUCAGGUGGGAAAUAUUGCACCAAGCCUCAAUUCAAAUAUGAAAUGAUGUGGGAAAGAGAUCCACGGGUGUUCUGGGUGGUUAAACAAGCAUGGAAUGAGUUAAGUCAUGAGCACCCGAUGGUCAAGUUAUACCGCAAAUCAAGCAUACAAAGGCUUCUCUUACCAAAUGGAAUAAGGUACACUUUAGGAGGUUAA